GGAUGCUUCCGUCAUUCUUGGUCGAUCCAUCGGCGUCUUCAGGUGGGAGUGGGACAACAACAGGAGAACAGCAGCCCUUCGAUGUAGAAUCACGUGGAAGUUGUAAACAGAUAGAGUUGGUCGCAACUACUUCAAAAGGGAGUGAUUUUCUUCCUGGCAGAAUGAGCCUCAUGAUGGGUUACGGUUCCUCACCAAUGCUGCCAUCCCCAAUUCUUC